GUCUGGUCUGAGCACGUUUACGGUUUACCCUAUAAAAACACCGAACCGAAGCAGAAAAGAAUACAACAAAGGAAAAAGAGGAAAGAUGGUUAGUGGUGGUGGUGGACGGAAAUCUAAAGAAACUCGUCGUUCCGUUGCCCCUUUUAUCAUUGCAACACUUUUUCUCUCUCUUCCCCUCCCCGCAUAUUCUCUGUGCAAAAACCCCGUUAUUUUCAACUUCGGUGAUUCCAACUCGGACACCGGCGGACUCGUUGCCGGACUCGGUUAUAAUAUAAGGCUGCCUUAUGGGCGUACCUUCUUCCAGAGAUCAACCGGCAGAUUGUCCGACGGGCGAUUAGUCAUCGAUUUUCUUUGCGAAAGUUUGAAUACGAGUUACUUGAGCCCGUAUCUGGACUCUCUGGGGUCUAAUUUCACAAAUGGAGCAAAUUUCGCCAUAGUGGGUUCGGCCACCCUGCCCAGAUUUGUUCCUUUCUCACUGAAUGUUCAAGUAAUGCAAUUCCUUCAUUUCAAGACUCGCUCACUGCAAAUCACCACCAGAGAUUCAAGACAUCUGGUUGAUGGUGAAGCAUUCCAAAAUGCUCUUUACAUGAUCGACAUCGGACAAAAUGAUCUUGCAGAUUCCUUCUCUAAGAACUUAUCCUAUGCGCGAGUCGUCGAAAGAAUCCCGUCCAUCCUUGCAGAAAUUAAAAACGCUGUCAAGACUAUUUAUGACCAAGGCGGCAGGAAUUUCUGGAUCCACAGCACUGGGCCUUUAGGUUGCCUACCCCAAAAACUUACGAUGGUUCCCAAAACCAGGGGUGAUCUGGAUCGGUAUGGAUGUUUAAGAUCUUACAAUGAUGCAGCAAAAGUGUUCAAUGGAGGGCUGGUUGCUCUGUGUGAACAGAUGAGAUCUGAGUUGAGGAACAGCACCAUUGUCUAUGUAGAUAUAUUCGCCAUCAAGUAUGAUCUCAUUGCCAACCCUACCAAAUACGGUUUUCAGAAGCCUCUCAUGGCAUGUUGUGGCAAUGGUGGCCCUCCAUACAACUACAACAUCAACGUGACUUGUAGCCAGAUUGGAUCCAAUGUAUGUAAGGAAGGAUCGAGAUUUGUAAGCUGGGAUGGAGUUCAUUACACUGAAGCUGCAAAUGAAGUGAUUGCAUCCAAAAUACUUUCAACAAAUUAUUCCACGCCCCAAUUUAAGUUUGAUUACUUUUGCCAAGCCUGAACAUUCACGAAUAUGAAAAAAAAAAUUAUAUGUUUCCAUGCUUUGAGUACAUGGAUCACAUUUUCUUCAUUUCUCAUA